AUGUGCGUUCUACCAUUGUUUGUAAUCGUCACAAUACUGGCAGUGUCAUAUGUUGUAGACACAAUAACCAAAGAUGAUGCAUCUUACAAUUACGCAAUAUUAGAUAACAAUGUGAAGGACGGCAAAGAGACAAACACAAUCACAACCGGCACUAUAAGGGCGAGCUAUGCACCACGAGGGAAUUCAUUUCACUCAAGACCACAACAUCCGGAUGCUGUGAACAAAAAAACAUGCAACCAAAACCGGACCCAGUCUUUCCCAUAUCUCAGCGGCAUACAUAGCAACCCAUCUGUAAAUAUUGACUUUAAAAGGGAAACGUUUGUUUACAAGAUCGACGUUGACUACCACAUCUUUACUGUUUCAAUUUGGUCGACAGCGGAAUAUUGUCACGCUGAAGGUUGGCUCGAUGGCAAAAGAGAAAAUAUAAGGGAAAGUUUUGUGAUUGGUCUGUCGAUGCCCUUAACAAUAAGAAUAUACGUGGUAGACACUGAUAUGGCUCGACAUAUGCAUUCUCGACUCUACUACACAUUGAUACUCACCCGGCGACCGCGUGGCCAACUUGGGAUGUUGCCCAGAAACGCCAAUCAUAGUGUGUGCCUUAUAAAACAAGAAUGUGACAAAAUGAUUUUCCCUGAUGAACCGUGUGGAUUGCAAGCGACUGGUCAUGGUUCAUGGAACACUUUUACAAGCCAGAGCGCCAAGCUACCGGAAUGUGAGUCUGCAAACAUACAGGGGAGUUGGCUGGUACCAUGUGUUCAGUGUUCUGAUGACGACAGUUGCUAUUGGAAACAGGCAAUGUGGCAGCCUUACGGUGAAAAAUGUAGCUAUCAUAUGCCUGUUAAGGAAGAGGUAGAAAGCAGCUACAAUGAUAAAAAUAUUCUUUUCCUUGGCGAUUCCACUCUUCGCGGGAUGAUGUACUAUAUACUUGAGUAUCUUAAUGGAAGCCUCACUGAUUGGGAAAUGUCCCAUGGGGCACUCCUAUACAAUAACAUAAACAGAGGACGCACAAAUAUGAGUUUUAUGUACUAUCCCGGCCUCGAUGAAGAUCCACCCACUAUCAAAACUGCUCUGAAAACAUUGAUAAAAUUGUCUCAACCAGUUAAGAAUUCUAGCAGUACUGUGCUAGUGGUGGGACGCUUUAAGGAUAUUGAUAAGAGGGACUUUCCGCUCCUGAUGUCGACGCUAAAAGAGCUGGGACUAACUGGGAUCAAGUUAGUCAUGAAGACAAUGGGUUUCAGCAGAUGCCAGGUAGAUGUGGCUGCUGCUGUUAAUACAAAUUCUGACCUUACGGCGAUCGCUCAGCGUUGCGGAUUUGAAAUCCUACAAGUUUUCCCUAUUAUCAUGCCAAUGUACAAAGAUGCAACUUAUGGUAACUGUGCAAUGCAUUACCACUUUAUCAGCAACAGAAAAGAGGGUCGAAAACUAGAAAACUACCAUGUCAACGGGAACGUCGUAGCAGCCUAUUCCAACAUGGAACGAUAUAACAAAUUUAAAGUCUUAAAAUCCACAAGGAACAAGGAAGAUACUACUACAUAUGAUGAAUUCCAAACUUUAGCAUUGAUUAGAAAUGUUACCAACAGCAAACAAAGAAAGAAAGUCACAAUCCCGUUAAGUGAGAGCUAUUCAACAGUGGAAAAUUCAUCUCACUCAAGUAUACAACGUUUUGUUGCUGUAAACAAAACAGAAACAAGUAAACAAGACCGAAAUCAAUCUUCCCCUUAUCUUGGGAAACAAACAAACAAAAUCACAAGCACUAUAUUGAAGAGCUAUUCACCAGAGAAAAAUGCAAAUUUCUCAAGUGCAGAACUUUCCAUUGAUGUGAACAAAACAAAAAUAAAAACUUGCAACCAAAAUCGAACUCAAUCUUUCCCUUAUCUGAGCGGCAUACACAGUGAUCCGCCUCUGGAUAUCGACUUUAAAAGAGGAAAGUUCGUUUAUAACAUCGAGCUUGAUUACCUUAUAUGGAUGGUUUCUGUCUGGUCGACUGCAGAAUAUUGUCACGCCGAAGGUUGGCUCGGCAAAACAAAGACUACAAGGAAAGUAUUUGUGGUUGGCAUCUCAAAGGCAACGAAAAUCCCCAUAUAUGUAGUAGACAUAGGCGUGGCUGAACCAAAUAAAGUUAAACCAGCUCAAUACACAUUGAUUCUUACUCGACGAAGUCGGGGUAAACGAGGGCGUUUUCCCAAAAAAGUUAAUCAUAACGUGUGUCUAAUGAGGCAGGAAUGUGACAAAAUGAUUUUUCCAAAAGAGCCAUGCGGACUGCAAGCAACUGGUAAUGACUCUUGGAACACGGUAAAGACACAGAACGCCAAACUACCAGAAUGUGAGUCUGGAAACGAACCAGGGGCUUGGUUGGUACCAUGUGCGGAUUGUUCUGAUGCUAACAGUUGCUAUUGGAAACAGGCAUUAUGGCAGCCUAACAAAUGCAGUCACCAUAGGCCAUCACUAAAGGCGGUACAACGUAGCUACGAUGGAAAAAAUAUUCUCUUCCUUGGGGACUCGACUCUACGUGGAAUAAUGUAUUAUAUGAUGGAAUAUAUCAAUGGCAGUCUUACGGAAUGGGAGAUGUCUCAUGAAUCUCUUGUAUAUAACAACAUUAACAGAGGACGCACAAAUGUCAGUUUUCUCUACUAUCUCGGCCUUCAAAAAGAUCCGCCUCCUAUCAACGUAGCUCUAAAAACACUUGUGAACAUGUCUCAACCAGUUAAGAAUUCUAGCAGUACUGUGCUAGUUUUGGGACGCUUUAAAAGUUUUGAUAAGAGCGACUUUCCACUCCUGAUGUCCACGCUGAAAGAGCUGGGACUAACUGGGAUCAAGUUAGUUAUGAAGACAAUGGGUUCUAAUAGAUGUAAGAAAAUAGCUAAAGAUAUCACGAUUAAUGCUGAAACUACUACAAUUGCUCAACGUAAUGGGUUCGAAAUCUUACAAGUAUUUCCCAUCAUUUUGGGAAGGUACAAAGAUUUGACUUACGGCCGAUGUGCAUUACAUUACCACUUUAUAAACAACAUUAAAGAUGGUCGAAAACUAGAAACUUACCAUGUCAACGGUGAUGUCGUGGCAGCCUACUCCAACAUUUUUGUUACCAUGCUACAUAGGCAUUGGACAAGUUUAGAGCUAUAACAUCAAAGCAAAAGGACUCGAGUCAAUAGAAUUUCACAAAAUCACCUGGAGUGAUAUUGCAUUACAUUGCAAGAAGGUACAUACAGAUUCCAAAGGGACGUCACUGUGGUUAUCUAUCUUACAUGGAAACCUUAGUAUACAUGUACAGACCAUACUUGACAGAAGGGUGAAGUAAGAUCUCUGUUCUGUACAUUAAGUUAACAAUCAAUGUACUUCUACAUGGAAAUUUGAAAUCAUUUUUUUAAAUAAAAAAAAAUAUAUAAAAAAGAGUUUU